GAAAAGUCAUGUCCAGCUUCCCAAGCACAGCAUGGAGGCUGCAAAGCUUGGCGAUGGCGCUGCCGCGCCCAACCUGCCGAACCCUGCGACCUAGCCACACCCUGGGCUUCAAUCUGCGAAAUUAUGCCUCCGAGACAGGCCGCCAUUCGACGACAACGGCUAGGGCGCAUAUCCCACCGAGCAUGGAGCAGGCGAGGGAGGUGUACAAGAGGAGAAACAGGACUACCAUGUACUAUACUUUGAGUGUCAUCUUGGGCACGGUAGCCUUCUCCUACGGAUCCGUACCUUUGUACAAAAUGAUCUGCCAAACAACCGGCUGGGGCGGCCAGCCCGUCCGCGCCCCAGGCCACGGCGGCACCUUUGGCGGGCCAGACGACCUCGCCUCGCGCCUACAACCCGUGCAGGAUGCCAAGCGCAUCCGCGUGACCUUCAACGCCUCCGUCUCGGACGUGCUCCCUUGGAAGUUCACCCCGCAGCAGCGCGAGGUGCGCGUGCUCCCUGGCGAGACGGCGUUGGCUUUCUACACGGCGACCAACACGAGCGACCAGGACAUCAUCGGGGUCGCGACAUACAGCGUCACCCCUGCGCAGGUGGCGCCGUACUUUAGCAAGAUCCAGUGUUUCUGUUUCGAGGAGCAGAGGCUGAACGCUGGCGAGACAGUGGACAUGCCCGUGUUCUUUUACCUGGAUCCGGACUAUCUGACGGAUCU